AUGUAUUGUGUUGCUUCUGCAUUAGACUAUCUUCAUAACCAAGUGGCCGAAAAACAUAGAAUAAUACAUCGCGAUGUGAAAAGCGCAAAUAUGUUAUUGGAUGAGAAUUGGAAUGCAAAACUUUCUAAUUUUGGUUUGGCUACAAUAGGUUUAGCAAAUCAACAAAACACCUUUGUGAUCACUAACCCUGCUGGAACGUAUGGUUAUACAGACCCACAAUAUGAAAGAACAGAGUUUUUAACAAAAGAGUCAGAUGUUUAUUCGUUUGGUGUGGUUUUGUUUAAAGUUUUGUGUGGAAGGCUGGCGUGUGUUUCCAAUUACCAUGAUGAGCGACGGUUCCUACAUCAUUUGGCGCGAAUCCGCUACAAAAAUGGCGAGUUGGAUAAGAUUAUUGCUCACAACAUUAAGAAACACAUCAAGACAAGCUCAUUAAGCAAUUUGUCAUCUAUUGCAUAUCAAUGCUUGCAUAAAACUCGGGAACAACGACCUACAAUUUUUGAGAUUGCUUUCCAACUUAAGGAAGCCUGGAAAAUUCAAACUUGA